CUUGGCUGGGGGUAAGCCAGACACCAUGUGUCGCUAAAUUCAAUCUGUUCUGGGGGUCAGGGCUGGCCAGACAGGGGAGGGGUGUCCAAGUUGAGUAGCAACGUGAGCCAGGUGUGGCCCAAGGGCUGCAGGGAACCUUAUGAGUAAGUCUGAGCUCUGCCAAGGCCCUUCUUCUCUCAGCCAUUAGCCCCCCUCCCAGGCAGAUUGUCCCCAAGCCUCUGGUCUGCAUCCGGUCACCUGGCUUCUCUUUUAGUCUUGUGUUCUACCUUGCUUAGCCCUGUGGAAAACACUAUUCUAUUUGACUCUUAAAAGGCUGAGGUACUCUUGGUAGGGUAAGGGCUCUGAUAAGUCCUGCAGCCAAGAAACUGAGUAACUGUUUAAAUCAGCAGGCACAACAGACUUGGCACGACCACAGCAGCUACUUCACAACACAGCCCCAUUGCUUCUCUGAGGCUGGGCCUGGGGAGCAGGUGUGGCAGAAGGAACUCUGGUGGGCACACAAGGUCUAGAGGGGCAGACUCCACUCUGACUAUGUAGUCACUACAUUUGUGGGAACUCCCAGGCCACUUGAGGCUUGUGAGGGGACUAGGAGAUGUUCCUGAAUGUUGCCAUAUAGGAAGCCCAGGGGUAGCUUCCCAGGGAGGAGCACAGAGGGGUUGAGUGUGACUUUGGAGACACCAGCUGUUGUCUGAGGAGCUGGUACUCAGAGGCACUGCCCCUUGGGGAGCCCAGGUUAGAGGUCACCCUGGCUUUGGGUAAAGUGGACCAGGUGAGGACAUUCAGAGGGGAGCCAGCAGUUAACAGAGGGUGGCAGUGAGAAGAGGCCAUGGUGGGGUAGGGCCAGGAGCAAUCUGUGUGCAGGGCCCAAUGUGUCCCUGGGGGAAAUAGGAGCAGAGACUGGCCCUUGCUGUCCCGUGAGCCAAGCACCUCUGCCCUGGGACCUCCGCCUCUCACCUCAAACUCUAGGGCUUGGCCUUGUUGACCCCUAGAGGACAGACAGCCUCAACCAGUUGUCUUGGGCCACAUGUCACAGCAAGGAAACCAAGGCUGGCACAGGUGCAACCUUAACUGGUGGGGAAGGGAGGUGGCUGUCUGUACUUCUUUUGUAAGGCCCUAAUCUCUUUGAUGGGGACCCCCCAUCAAAGAGAGGCCUCUGGUCACCUCCCAGAGGCCCCACCUCCCAAGCCAUCACCUUGAUCCCGUGUGGAUUUUGGGGAAUGCAGACACUCGGUCCACAACAAAUGGACGUUCUUGUACUUGGAGUGUACAUCUUUACCUGAAUUCGAAUCUACCUGGCCAUCCCGUGUGACCAGCCCCCACCAGGCCAUGAUGAAAGGAGGAGCCAAUAAGAAUGUCAGGCAGCUGCAUUCAACGUGACCUUCCGGAGGGCCAAGGGCUACCCCAUCGACCUGUACUACCUGAUGGACCUCUCCUACUCCAUGCUGGACGAUCUCAUCAACGUCAAGAAGCUGGGUGGAGAUCUGCUGCGUGCCCUCAAUGAGAUCACGGAGUCCGGCCGCAUCGGCUUCGGAUCCUUCGUGGACAAGACGGUGCUGCCCUUCGUCAACACGCACCCCGAGAAGCUGAGGAACCCGUGCCCCAACAAGGAGAAGGAGUGCCAGGCCCCGUUCGCCUUCCAGCAUGUGCUGAAGCUGACUGACAACUCCGAUCUGUUUCAGAGGGAGGUGGGGAAGCAGCUGAUUUCUGGGAACCUGGACGCUCCUGAGGGUGGACUGGAUGCCAUGAUGCAAGUCGCUGCUUGCCCGGAGGAGAUUGGCUGGCGUAAUGUCACACGGCUGCUGGUGUUUGCCACGGACGAUGGUUUUCACUUCGCCGGCGAUGGGAAGCUGGGUGCCAUCCUGACCCCCAAUGAUGGCCGCUGCCACCUGGAGGAUAACAUGUACAAGAGCAGCAAUGAAUUUGACUACCCAUCAGUGGGCCAGCUGGCACACAAGCUGGCUGAAAGCAACAUUCAGCCCAUCUUUGCUGUGACCAAGAAGAUGGUGAAAACCUAUGAGAAACUCACCGAGAUCAUCCCCAAGUCGGCCGUGGGGGAGCUGUCUGAGGACUCCAGCAAUGUGGUACAGCUCAUCAAGAACGCCUACAACAAACUGUCCUCCAGAGUCUUCCUGGACCACAGCACCCUCCCAGACACCCUGAAAGUCACCUACGACUCUUUCUGCAGUAAUAGAGUGUCACUCAUGAACCAGCCCAGAGGGGAUUGCGAUGGCGUGCAGAUCAAUGUGCCGAUCACCUUCCAGGUGAAGGUCACAGCCACAGAGUGCAUCCAGGAGCAGUCCUUUGUCAUCCGUGCCCUGGGUUUCACCGACACAGUGACCGUGCAAGUCCUUCCCCAGUGUGAGUGCCAGUGCCGGGAUCAGAAGCAGGACCACAGCCUCUGCAGAGGCAAAGGCUCUGUGGAAUGUGGCAUUUGCAGGUGCGAUGCAGGCUACAUUGGGAAAAACUGUGAGUGCCAGACCCAGGGCCGGAGCAGCCAGGAGCUGGAGGGAAGCUGCAGGAAGGACAACAGCUCCAUUGUGUGCUCGGGGCUGGGGGACUGCAUCUGUGGGCAGUGCGUGUGCCAUGCCAGUGACGUCCCCAACAAGCAGAUCUUUGGGCGCUACUGUGAAUGCGACAAUGUCAACUGUGAGCGCUAUGAUGGCCAAGUCUGCGGUGGCCCACAAAGGGGCAGCUGCUCCUGUGGCCAGUGCUACUGCAUGGAGGGCUACGAGGGCUCGGCCUGCCAGUGCCAGAGGUCCACCACGGGCUGCCUGAACGCACGGCGGGUGGAGUGCAGUGGCCGCGGCCGGUGCCGUUGCAACACAUGCGAGUGUGAGAGUGGCUACCAGCCGCCCCUGUGCGAGGACUGCCCCGGCUGCCCCUCACCCUGCAGCCGGUACAUUUCCUGUGCUGAGUGCCUGAAAUUUGCCAAGGGACCCUUUGAGAAGAACUGCACAGAUGCGUGCAAGAACGUGAGCGCACAGGCCGCACCUGUGAAGGGCAAGUCCUGCAAGGAGCAGGACUCAGAGGGCUGCUGGAUGACCUAUACCCUGCGGCAGCGGGAUGGGAAGGACAGCUAUGACAUCUAUGUGGAGGAGAACCGAGAGUGCGUGCCAGGCCCCAACAUCGGCGCCAUUGUAGGGGGCACUGUGGGGAGUGUCGUGCUGAUUGGCAUCCUCCUGCUGGCCAUCUGGAAGGCCCUGACCCACCUGAGUGAUCUCCGGGAGUACAGGCGCUUCGAGAAGGAGAAGCUCAAGUCACAGUGGAACAAUGAUAAUCCCCUUUUCAAGAGCGCCACUACGACAGUCAUGAACCCUAAGUUUGCUGAAAGCUAGAGCACCUGGUGAAGAGGAGGCCACUAGGUCCAGCUACAUGGAACCCCUCACAACCCACCACUGUGACAGGCUUACAACUCACAAAGAGAAGCCCUCUUGCUCCUAUCAACACAGCAGAGCUGGCUGGGCUUUACACAGAUUCAUCCUCAGGGACAGCCUCCCCUUCUGAUCUGUGCAGUCCUUCCAUGGACCCCAGAAAGGGACUUCCUAAGUCUAGGAAGUCAGAGACCUGUCUUCCAGUACAGGUUAGGAGGGCAGUCUCAUUAAAGGUGGUGCAAAUGUAUUUAUAGUUAAACUUGCCCCGGGUAAAACUACAUCCCGUUGAUUAUACUGUUAACCAGUCAUGUGUUUAGAAAACGUAAUAAAGCUUCCAUACGGGCUGUCCAUAGAGGCUGGUCUCGGCAAUGUCCUCUAGGGUAAGGUGGCUGAACUCCUGGGGCUUCAUCCUGCCUGCUUACCGGUCUUUCACACUUGAGGGUACAGAUCCACUCUGUGCCAUGGGUUGGGCUGCUGUUCUUUUUCCUCCUUUCUCACCCAGUGGUUCAUGCAUACAGAGUCCUCCCAGCCCUCUGUCCCAAGUCCUAAACAACUUUCCACAAAAUGGCAGAAAUGGUCAUCUCCCACCCCAGCUGUCUCCCUGUCAGGUACAGGAGAAGGCAUGGUGGGAGAACACAAGCUAAGAGGUAUUUUAUAAGCAGCUUAUUUCUCAUGGGUUGCUUUUUGGAGUGACCUGGAAAGUCAUCAUUGAUCUGAGUCCCACAGUGGGUGAAUAAGCCCAAGUCAUGUGUGAUUUCUGGAUGCCAUGAUCUCUGAAGGUGAUAACCCAACCCUGUAAAUGGCCACCCAGCACAUGUGCCCAAACCUCAGAGUGGGCAAGGACUGGCCAGGGCCAGUGAGAGCCCCUCAGGGUAGGGAAACUUGGGGUCCCAGUGUAUUCACACUCCUUCGAAACAGAGGUGCUCACUCUCACUCAGAUCCACAUCAAGUGCAUGUGAGAGAGGUGGGGAGACGUGAGUGCAGGGUGUGUAAUUGUGUAUCUGUGUCCUGUGCAGAAAUACAUUUCCAGGUGAUACUUGCCCUUAUUUUUUCUUAAAAAUAGAAUUCUUUAUUAAAAUUCAAAAAAACUUUUG